AUGAAGGACGAUCACCCGAAGAAACGAAACAAGCCAACAUUGGUUUGUACAAGAUGCAAGAGGAGAAAAAUCAAGUGUAAUAGGGAAUUACCUUGCUCAUCUUGUAUCAAUUCAAACGUUGGUUCUGAAUGUACUUACGAAAGUAAAUGGCAGCCGGUAUCAGUUACUAAGGAUGAACAAAAACCGAAACGACAGAAAGGAAUUCGACAGAAUAUUGGGAAUACAGCAGGUUACAAUAUCCAGUCUAUGAGUAACCCAUCGUCCGCUCUCAGCAGCGUACAAGGUAAAAUGACGCCCAGAUCAACAACAUCAGACUUUUAUGUCCAAGAAUACGUGGUGCCUGCUUUUAAUCCACAUUUUUCCAAUCCAGUUGGACCGGACGAUGAUAUGGUAAAUUUUCAUGAUGGUUAUACGCCGAUUCAUGUGAAGGACGAAUCCAGAAGAUUGUGCUUCAACCCUCUUUGCUGGGCAAGUCUAUUGAAAAAGGAUCCCUGUUUAUAUAAAGUUUGCCAAUAUGUUGGAACACGUCCUACACCUCUCUGGUUUUUGAUGAAAAGUGUACCAAAUUUUAGUCAAGAAAAUAUAAAUGAAUUAUCAACAAAUUGUGAGAAGCAGGGAAAAGCAGACAGUGAAUUUGUCAGCAAAUUAUUGAAGGUUGAAGGAUACGAAGAAUUAGUUCCGUACAAAAAAUUGCUAACUCUUCGAACCAAUAAUGCAGAAUCGAAGAAUAAAACAGAUCUCAGUACGUCAACUUUGACCAGCACGUUGUUUGAUGGGAAGUUUGACCCUGAAUUGAAGUUGAUUGAGAACAUCAAGACAAUAAUGCCCAAAAAGAGAGUAGUAUGGAAACUAAUUGAUAGAUUCUUUGAAACACUAUAUCCAUUUAUGCCAUUUGUUGAUAAGGAAUACUUCACGGCAGAUAUGGUAAGAAUUCUAGGUGCGAAAAGUUAUGAAGAUGUACCCUUUGAACACAUGAAAAUUGUCAAACGAUUAGACUUAGCCCAUGUUGCAAUAUGCUUGAUAUUGUUAAGGUUCACCUAUUUAUCAUUAUUUUCCAAUAGGAAAUGUAUAAAUGAAAAGAUAAUCCAUUCUAAUGAUCCAUCACCUACAGUACAGGAUAUGAAAUACUUAUUUUUGAAUCCAGUUAACGUUAUCGUCAUAGAGAUGGCACAAUUAUGCUUGGAUCGGUUUGAGAUAUCACGGAAGACUAAUUUGACUGUGUUUCAAGCCACGUUAUAUAUGAGAGUAUAUCACAGUGCCGCACCAGAAGAUGGUGAUGGAACAGAUGGUGGUGAUUCUCAAGUAUCUACGGCUGUUCUCAUUCAGAUGGCGUAUGCACUAGGAUUGAAUAGAGAGCCUAAUAAGUUUCAGGAUGUAUGUAAUGAUGAACGAAUCAAUAAUUUAGGGAGGAGAAUGUGGCAUUUUCUAGUCCGAAGUGAUAUUAUACAUUGUUUUCAUGUUGGCAAUCCAAUGUCAAUUGACCCCAAACAUUAUGACGUUGGAUUUCCAUACUUCACAGAAAAUAAUAUGACUUCUGAUAAUAGAGAAUUAGAAGAAGCUAUUGCGCAGACAUUUGAAUGGUUUCAUUAUAGGUUAAGUACAAUUAGAAAAAUUGUUGAUACGUUUCUGGAUAUUCAAGGAACUUAUUCAAUGAAUGAAUUGACUCAGACACUAAAUGAAGUAGAGAGAGUUUGUCGAGAAGACUUUUACACUUUGUCCCAUGUGUCAAGUAAUAACUCAAUUGCCCAACGAUUCAUAGAUGUGAUAAAUGCAAGGGUUUUUAUUGCACUUAAAGGAUCGUUUCUAGUGUUGUACCAUCACAUAUAUCUCCACUAUGAAAAUAAGUUACGAUUUGACAUUAUGUUCUUUUAUUUCAAGAAGUGUUACGUGAUUUUCCAAAACGAUUUGCUACCAUAUAUUUUUGCAGUGUUCCAUGGAAAAUUUAGCAAUGAUGGACUUAUCCUUAAUCCACAUGCCCAGAUGGCCAUCCAUAAAUUCAAUCAAUGUCACUUUGCAUUUUCAGUAAGAAUUGCCUACAAGUACCACGAUAUGCUGAAGAAUUAUGAUCAUUCACGUCUUAUGAAAGAAGACGUAGAAUAUCGAAAAAAAUUUUUGAAAAUUUCCAACUUGUUGAAGAACAAUAAAACAAUUGGAAAUCUUAUGCUAGGUCUAAUGUCUAAGGUAUCUGAUAGGUAUUUUUAUGCAUGGAGAGUGGUGCAGGCACAGAAAUAUCUUUUAUCAAUUAUCAAUGACCCUGAAUUUUACAAUAAAAUUCCAGCAGAUUCACCAGGGAUAAAUCGUUUAAAACUUACUAACUCACAGGUGGAUGAUAUGGAAGCGAUAACAUACUCUUUAGGCAAGGAUCUAGAAGCAAUAGUUAAUUAUCAAGAUUCGGUAGAUAUACAUCUCGACACAGCGGACUACAAAUCAUCAGGUAGAUCUAGACGUGAUACUGUUGUUGGAGAUAUUUACCCAGAAAAUGACAAUGAUAACAAAACGAAAACGAAAGGGUAUAUGGAUGUCGGUUCUAUUUUAGACUUCUCUCCAGCAAUGAUAGACGAUAUUUCUCCGCUUCAAGAUUUUACCUAUCCUAAUAACGAAGAAAUAGACCAGAUGUGGCUUCUGGUCAUGGCACUGAAGUACGAUCCGGUAGAACUCAUAUCAGGGGAUUUUGAUCCAGUUGGGUAUUUCAAUCAACAAUUUCAAAACACCCUUAGUGACCGUUUUGAAACGGAUCCUAACAAUAUAAUGAAUGAAUGA